GAUUUCCACUCACCAACCUCACUCUUGCGAAUAUUUUGUCGCUCGCAGGCACUUGCGUACACCGAGUGACAGUGGUCACGAUGGAAGCGUCUACUCAGUUUCAUGGCCCGGUCACAGGCCACUACACCAUCGCGGCUCCACACGCAUCCCACGGCGGAUCGAACAACUUCUACUUCAAUAGACGCGACACUUCGUCGGCGGCUCCGAAGCCCUGCCACAUCAUCCCCUUCCCCCGCAACGAGGAUAUCGUCCACCGGCCGGACCUCUUCGUCGAGCUCGAGACACUCCUGCCAUCCACGACGCCUGAGUAUCAGAGUGCCGCGCUCUGGGGUCUCGGUGGAUCUGGCAAAACCCAAAUCGCGCUCGAGUACGCAUACCGCAGAUGCCGCGACCCCACCUGCUUCGUCUUCUGGGUCCACGCCGAUAACGCGACGACGUUCGCGCACGAUUACAAGACGAUCGGGAGGAAGCUUGGCCUGAACAGCAAGCUCGAUGGUGAAGAUCUGCUGGUGGCCGUACGCGAGCGCAUUGAGUCAGAGCCGCAAUAUUUGCUCGUCCUUGACAACGCCGACGACCUGGCGCUCUUUGGUGUCGGCCAGACGUCAGAGAAGUCUGACAAGCCAACAACCCUGCUGGACUACAUCCCACGAGGUCCUACGGGAAUGGUCCUCUGGACGAGUCGCGAUGAACGUAUCGCUGGCACUCUUGUUGGACCCACCCGAGGCAUCGGGGUCGCCCGUAUGACGGUCGACGAGGGGAGGAUGCUGCUCGAGAUGGCGAGAAACACAAAGACCACCAUCGAAGAGCUCGAUGAUGCCACGGCUUUGUUGGAGGAGCUUCAGUGGCUCCCCCUGGUCAUCUCUCAAGCAGGAGCGUAUAUGCGGCGGACAUCAACAUCUGUCAACGAGUACUUAUCGAGACUGGUCGAGGGAAAAGAGCGAUGGCGCAUCUUGAACGAGACAGAACUCGACAGACAUCGGCGGCCGGGUGUACCUAACAGCAUCCUGGAAACGUGGCAUAUCUCGAUCGAUCGUAUUCGGCAGGAGAACGAGAUGGCAUAUAAAAUCCUGCAUACUAUCGCGUAUCUCGACAACCAGAACAUCCCGUUGGAGAUCAUGGCAGCGGUUGGUACAUUCAACGAUAACAGGCGGAGGGGACAACCGUCUGAGAAUGCGCAGCUGGUGGAUAGAGCCAUCAUUCGGCUGAAGGAGUUCUCAUUCGUUGCUGCACGCAGAACGGAAGGGGGCGAGCGGAGCUUUGAGAUGCACAAGCUUGUCCAGGAGGCUGUGCGGUAUGGCCUAAAGACAAGGAAACUCUUAGAGAGGAAGACAACGAAGCCCAAAUCGAGAUUACGCGAUGUUCUAACGAAACCUAUCCGAAAAAACCGCGUUGCCGAGAAAGGCGGCUGGGAGAAUGAACCCGAAGUAUACUUCUCGAAUGCCGCACUGCAGGUCAUCACGGACCUCUUCCCUAAAAUUAAGCCAGGGACGUGGGCACAAUGCGAGAUGUUAUUGGCAUAUGCAGUGUACGUGAGCGAUUGGGCGGAACUGUGUGGGAAGGAAGUUGAGGCAUCCAAUCUUCUAAACCGAAUUUCCGACUAUCUAUUUCACUACGGGAGAUGGAGAGAGAAGGAGCCGGUAGAUAUCAAGGCAUUAGAGCUACAGCGGGAGGUCCUCGGGGAGAAGCAUCCCGAUACGAUGAUCGCUAUGGGGCAUCUCGCAGCAACAUACCAUGGCCAGGGCCGGUACGACGAGGCCAAAGAGAUUGAAGUCAAAAUAUUAGAGCUACAGCGGAAGGCUCUUGGGGAGGAACAUCCCGAUACGAUCUGCGCUAUGGGGAAUCUCGCAGUAACAUACCAUAGCCAGGGCCGGUACGACAAGGCUAAAGAGAUUGAAGUCAAAGUAUUAGAGCUACAGCGGAAGGCUCUUGGGGAGGAACAUCCCGAUACAAUCCGCACUAUGGGGAAUCUCGCAGGAACAUACCGCCAGCAGGGCCGGUACGACGAGGCCAAAGAGAUUGAAGUCAAAGUAUUAGAGCUACGGUGGAAGGCUCUUGGGGAGGAACAUCCCGAUACGAUCCGCGCUAUGGGGAAUCUCGCAGUAACAUACCGCCAGCAGGGCCGGUACGACGAGGCCAAAGAGAUUGAAGUCAAAGUAUUAGAGCUACGGUGGAAGGCUCUUGGGGAGGAACAUCCCGAUACGAUCCGCGCUAUGGGGAAUCUCGCAGGAACAUACCACCAGCAGGGCCGGUACGACGAGGCCAAAGAGAUUGAAGUCAAAGUAUUAGAGCUACGGCGGAAGGCUCUUGGGGAGGAAAAUCCCGAGACACUUGGAGCUAUGUAUAACCUCGCCGUAACUUGGAGACACCGAGACCGGGGCGAUGACGCCAUUGUGUUGAUGCAGCAAUGCUCGCAAUUGAGACAUAGAAUCUUAGGGCGGGACCACCCCCAUACGCAGAAUUCGGAUGAAUAUCUUGAAAGGUGGAAGGCUGAGAAAGCUGGGUUGGGACGUAUUGGCGAUAGCUUGAGCACUGUGAUAGCGUUGGGAGGCACAUGGGAGUUUAGUGACAGUAGGUCGGUCUAGCCCACUAGACUACAUGCUACCUUAAAGGAUCAGCUCGGCCUCUAUUGGGAAGGGCAUGCUUUCUCCCUCUUUCAAUGUCUUUAUCGUUGUGUUCCC